AUGUACGUUGCGAUUCCAUGGGUCACCGUCUACAGAGGUAGGGGUCUUGUGAAGGUUACCACACCGUCUUGGUGGUACGUGGAAUGCAUGGAACUGUGGGGUGAGCGCGCGACUACUGAGGUGGAUAUGGCGGGUGGACCCGGUGCCUGUCAGGCCAAUCCAAUCACAUUUGACGACACCAAUGAGGAUAUAGAUGUGGAGAUCGGCCGGAUGGGUGAACAAGAAAUCCCAGGAAACCAAUUUGGUGAUGACGCACAACACAAUCCAGUGAAUGGUGCCCAAGACAUUAAUGUGGUUGCCAUAUUGCAUGGACCCAUUGCUCCCGAGCCUGAUGGAGUUGACUUCAUCGAUAUAGAUGAUGACGAGGAACUGGAUGUCAUGAAGCCUAACACUGACAGCAACUCGUGUGUUGAUUCCGACUAA